AUGGCACAGUGUUUCGUCGACCUAGAUUGGAAAUUAAUCGAAAAACAGUCUCGCGCGAUGGACGUCCUAACCACCAAAAUCGUGGUAAUGGUGCUAUUCGGGGUCACGCGAUUUUUCUUCGGCGUGUUGCCCCUGCGGUUGUAUAAGUCCCUUCGAAAAUGGAGGGAUUCCAACGAAGAUUUCAAUACGUUCGUCAAUCAGAAGAGGCACGAGAGGGUCAGUUGCGGAGUGGUGAUGUGCCAGAGUUUUGGAGGAGGCGUCAUGUUUGCAACCUGUUUCCUGUACUUCGUUAAGAAGCUAUUUAUUACCUAUGAAGAACUAAAGAUGUGGUACAACUACAUUACGGAAUACCCAUGGUCCCAGGUAGGACUUGGUGUUGGUUUCUUUCUCGUCUACUUCACCGAAGAAUGGAUCCAUUGGAUACUUAGUAGACGACCUAGGGCCACGAAAACCAACCUGGAGUACGUUUCAAGUUUCAGACCGAUCGCUGAAGAGGCCCUCCUAGACGAAGGAGUUUCCCCUAAACCUUCGAGGAGCAGACGAUGCAAGGACCCAUCGACAGACUCCGGCCUGGAAACGGAUAGCGUGCGUAGCCAAAACGCUGCAGAAAUGUUAAAAAUGACAAAGCGGGAGAGACUUAACAGCAUCGUUAGCGAGUUUAGCGACCAUAAGGUGGACCAUACAUAUUUUAAGUAUAGAGAGCAACUGGCUCGAUACGUUGUCGCGAUUAUAGCAUUGACGAUUCACUGGAUUAUAGAAGGAGCUUCGCUGGGGUUGAGGAUGAGACGCAUAGAAAUUUGGUACCUGUUCGUUGCAGCUACGACGCAUUCCAUAUCGAUUUUGUUUUGCAUCGGUUUGGAAAUGCUACUGGCCAAGACGAGGAUGUGGUAUAUCGUCCUCCAAAUAGCCCUGCUAGCGAUGGCGACACCGCUCGGAAUUCUCGUCGGUAUAAUCGCCACUAUAGAGUCCCUAGGAGAGACGUUUGAAAUGGCGGUCAUAUCGGUCGUAUCUGAGAGUUUGUCUUCGGGUGCCAUACUAUACAUAACAUUCUUCGAGAUCUUGAAUAGGGAAAAGGAGAGAAGAGUUCAUAGGCUAAAGAGAGCGUUGUGCAUUAUCGGGGGCUUUGUAGCGAUGGCGCUUUUACAAUACGUAGAGACUAUAGCUGAGAUAAGGCAGAGGGUUUUGCUCACGAUCGUCGAUGUUUAUUACGAAUCGCCGAGUCAAUGCGCCAAAACAAUUAACCCGAUCGAGAUUGUGGGCGAGUCGGGAUGCAGUUUUCCAAUCACUCGCAUUACCGAUCUGACCCUUAGUCGCGCGACAUUCCGGAUGGAUUUGAUAACCACUAAAAUAAUGGUAGCCGUACUGUUCGCCCUUACUCGAUUCGUUUUUGGGGUGUUGCCGACCAAGUUGCAAAAAUAUUUCAAGCGCGUCCAAAAUGAUGGUCUCGAUUACACCACCGUCUUGUGCCAAUCAAUCGGCGGAGGCAUUCUGUUUGCCACCUGCUUCCUGCACAUCAUGAAGCGACUCUUCUUUUGCGUGGAAGAUCUCAAAAGGUAUAGUGGUAUCAAAUCCCAAUACCCCUGGGCCCAGCUGGCUUUGGGUAUCGGUUUCUUCUCGGUUUAUUUUCUGGAAGAGUGGGCCCACUGGGCUAUAGAAAAGGCUUCCGAAGAAGAAAACUCCGACGUUUAUCCUCUGGAAGAACGACCGAAAAAGAACGCGGCCAAGAUCAAGAAGAGACAACGCCUAAUGCGAUGGAUGUUGACUGUCACCGCCAUAUCUUCACACUCAUUGCUCGAGGGGCUCUCCAUAGGACUUCAAAAGAACCUGGCUGAGAUUUGGUAUCUCUUCAUCGCCGUCUCGUGUCAUUUAGCGUCUUUCUCUUUCUGCCUAGGUCUGGAAUUGCUGCUGGCGGAAACCAAAGUGCCUUUUGUAGUACUUCAGAUGGCUUUGUUGGCCACCAUUAACCCGCUAGGUAUCCUGUUGGGGUUGCUAGUGACUAUAGAAACGCCGGCAAAAACUAUGACUAGAUCUAUAGUGACCACGCUUUUGGAAGGUUUCUCGACGGGCACUAUUUUGUACGUCACUUUUUUCGAGGUGUUAAAUCGGGAAAAGGAAAGAAGGGUGUAUGUGUUACCCCGGUCAGCGAGUAUUCUAGGUGGGUUUGUGGUUGUCGCCGUGUUGGAAUAUGGGGAAACCGUAUUUAAGGGCUUCUAGGUUCUCACAUCGGUAAUUAAUAAAUGCUUUGACACGUGCACGUGUUUUAAUUGAUUUAUUGUUUGUUUUGGUUCGACUCUAGCAUACGACAAACGUGAAACAAGGUGCGCCAAA